GGGAGACAGGGUGGGCGGGGGCAAAGGCUAGGCGUUAGGGCGGCGGCGCCAGCGUAGAGCGGCGGUUUGGAGGAAAGAUGAGACGAUUCCAGCAAGACUAUGGAAGAGCAUAGCUACAUACAAAAGGAGCUAGGUUUACAAAAUGGUAGCUUAGAGGAAGACUCUGUGGUGCAUUCUGUUGAGAACGAUUCCCAAAACAUGAUGGAGAGCCUCAGCCCAAAGAAAUACUCUUCUAGUCUGAGAUUUAAAGCCAAUGGAGACUAUUCUGGCUCCUAUUUAACCCUCUCACAACCUGUGCCUGCAAAGAGAAGCCCUUCUCCUUUGGGAACCACUGUCAGAAGCAGCCCCUCCUUAGCCAAAAUCCAGGGAAGCAAGCAGUUCUCUUAUGAUGGAACUGACAAAAAUAUUUCUAUGAAACCUCCAACUCCUUUACUCAACACUACAUCCUCCCUCAGUGGAUAUCCACUUGGAAGAGCAGACUUUGAUCAUUAUACUGGUCGGGACAGUGAAAGGGCCUUGAGGCUCUCAGAGAAGCCUCCCUAUUCCAAAUAUAUCUUAAGGAAUAAGUCGCAUGACAAUGUCUACUUUCUUGGAGGGCUGGAAGGUCGGAAGGCAUCUGGCUCGCUCCUGGCCAUGUGGAAUGGAAGUUCCCUGAGUGAUGCUGGCCCUCCUCCUAUCAGCAGGUCGGGAGCCGCAAGCAUGCCUUCAAGCCCAAAGCAAGCCAGGAAAAUGAGCAUUCAGGACAGCCUGAUGCUUCAACCCAGGUUAACUAGACACAAGGAGCUUGCAUCUGAAAACAUCAAUUUGAGAACUAGGAAGUACUCCAGCAGCAGCCUGAGUCACAUGGGAGCCUACAGCCGAUCACUUCCCAGGUUGUACAGAGCGACAGAGAACCAGCUGACACCUCUCAGCUUGCCUCCAAGAAACUCUCUGGGCAAUUCCAAACGAACAAAACUUGGGGAAAAGGAUCUACCUCAUAGCAUAAUAGACAAUGACAAUUACCUUAAUUUUUCUUCUUUGAGCUCAGGGGCUUUACCCUAUAAAACCUCUGCUUCUGAAGGCAAUCCUUAUGUAAGUUCUACCCUCAGUGUCCCUGCCAGUCCACGAGUGGCUCGGAAGAUGCUUCUGGCCUCCACCUCCUCCUGUGCCUCUGAUGACUUUGAUCGGGCUUCCUAUGUGGGGACAAACCCGAGUCAUUCACUUCUUGCUGGAGAGUCAGACAGAGUUUUUGCGACCAGGAGGAACUUCUCUUGUGGAUCUGUGGAAUUUGAUGAGGCUGAUUUGGAAAGCCUCAGACAGGCCUCAGGAACCCCCCAGCCUGUCCUUCGGGAACGGAAAAGCAGUAUUAGCUCCAUUUCAGGACGUGAUGACCUGAUGGAUUAUCACCGGCGGCAGAGGGAGGAAAGACUCAGGGAGCAGGAGAUGGAGCGAUUGGAGAGACAGCGUCUGGAGACCAUCCUCAGUCUCUGUGCUGAAUACACAAAGCCUGACAGUCGCUUAUCUACUGGGACCACUGUGGAAGAUGUGCAGAAAAUCAACAAGGAGCUUGAGAAGCUGCAGCUCUCUGAUGAGGAAUCUGUGUUUGAAGAAGCCCUCAUGAGCCCUGACACAAGAUACAGGUGCCACCGGAAAGACUCCCUCCCUGAUGCAGACUUGGCAAGCUGUGGGAGUCUCAGUCAGAGCAGUGCCAGCUUCUUUACCCCCAGGAGCACCAGGAAUGAUGAACUACUCAGCGACCUCACCCGGACUCCUCCACCACCAUCCUCCACCUUUCCGAAAGCUUCCAGCGAGUCCUCUUAUCUAAGUAUCCUACCAAAGACCCCAGAGGGUAUCAGUGAAGAACAGAGAUCUCAGGAGUUGGCUGCAAUGGAAGAAACCCGGAUAGUCAUUCUGAACAACCUCGAGGAACUUAAGCAAAAAAUCAAAGACAUAAAUGAUCAGAUGGAUGAAUCUUUCAGAGAGUUGGAUAUGGAAUGUGCUCUUUUGGAUGGAGAACAGAAAUCUGAAACAACUGAACUUAUGAAGGAGAAGGAGAUUUUGGAUCAUCUAAACCGGAAAAUAGCUGAACUGGAAAAGAACAUUGUUGGUGAAAAGACCAAGGAGAAGGUAAAGCUUGAUGCUGAAAGGGAAAAACUAGAGAGGCUUCAGGAGCUUUACUCCGAGCAGAAGACCCAGCUGGACAAUUGUCCAGAGUCCAUGAGGGAACAGCUACAACAACAACUGAAGAGGGAUGCUGACUUGUUGGAUGUUGAAAGCAAACACUUUGAAGACCUGGAGUUCCAGCAGCUUGAACAUGAGAGCCGUCUAGAUGAAGAAAAGGAGAACUUGACUCAACAACUCCUGCGUGAAGUUGCUGAAUAUCAACGGAACAUCGUUUCUAGAAAGGAAAAAAUUUCUGCAUUGAAAAAGCAAGCCAAUCACAUUGUUCAGCAGGCUCAGAGAGAACAAGAUCAUUUUGUGAAAGAAAAGAAUAAUUUAAUAAUGAUGUUGCAAAGAGAAAAGGAGAAUCUUUGUAAUUUGGAAAAGAAAUACUCCAGCCUCUCUGGGGGGAAAGGGUUUCCCGUCAACCCCAAUACUUUAAAAGAGGGCUAUAUCAGUGUAAAUGAGAUUAAUGAGCCAUGUGGCAAUUCCACGAAUCUAUCCCCUUCCACUCAGUUUCCUGCUGAUGCUGAUGCUGUUGCCACUGAGCCUGCCACAGCUGUGCUGGUGAGCCAGCCACAGAGUAAAGAGCACUUUAGAAGUCUGGAAGAAAGGAAAAAACAGCAUAAAGAAGGCCUCUAUCUGAGUGAUACUUUGCCUCGAAAGAAAACCACAUCUUCCAUCUCCCCACAUUUCAGCAGUGCUACUAUGGGGAGAAGCAUCACCCCAAAGGCCCACCUGCCCCUAGGACAGAGUAACAGCUGUGGAAGUGUGCUCCCUCCCUCAUUGGCAGCCAUGGCCAAAGACUCAGAAUCUCGGAGGAUGCUCAGAGGUUAUAAUCACCAACAGAUGAGUGAAGGACACAGGCAGAAAUCUGAAUUUUACAACCGCACAGCAUCUGAAUCAAAUGUCUACUUGAAUAGUUUCCAUUAUCCAGAUCACAGCUACAAGGACCAGGCCUUUGAUACUUUGAGCCUAGAUAGCUCUGAUAGCAUGGAGACCAGCAUCUCUGCUUGCUCACCUGACAACAUCUCUAGUGCCAGCACUUCAAAUAUUGCUAGAAUAGAAGAAAUGGAGAGACUUUUGAAGCAGGCUCAUGCAGAAAAGACGCGGCUGCUUGAAUCUAGGGAACGGGAAAUGGAAGCCAAAAAACGAGCCCUGGAAGAAGAAAAACGACGCCGGGAAAUCCUGGAAAAACGAUUACAGGAAGAAACUAGCCAGAGGCAGAAGUUAAUAGAAAAGGAAGUAAAAAUAAGGGAGAAACAAAGAGCACAGGCUCGUCCUUUGACACGCUACCUGCCUGUCCGGAAGGAAGACUUUGAUUUGCGGAGCCAUGUAGAGACUGCUGGCCACAAUAUUGACACCUGUUACCAUGUAUCAAUCACAGAAAAGACCUGCCGAGGAUUCCUCAUCAAAAUGGGUGGGAAAAUUAAAACGUGGAAAAAACGUUGGUUUGUUUUUGAUCGGAACAAGCGAACAUUCUCUUAUUAUGCAGACAAGCAUGAAACUAAAUUGAAAGGAGUAAUAUACUUUCAAGCCAUUGAGGAAGUAUAUUAUGAUCACCUCAAGAAUGCUAAUAAGAGUCCUAAUCCGUUACUCACCUUUAGCGUCAAGACUCAUGACAGAAUCUAUUACAUGGUAGCCCCAUCGCCAGAAGCCAUGCGGAUCUGGAUGGAUGUUAUAGUUACGGGGGCAGAAGGUUACACUCACUUCUUGUUGUAGUGAACUGAGGCAACAGUCUACUUCAGGGCAGACGGCAAUAAUCUCUUACAAGAAUGAAGCCAUAUUCGACCCCAGAUGAGAAAACCCAACAGGUCCAUCCCUUGAGCUGUAAACACUCAGAACUCCUUUCAUAUCAAGACAAGUUAUUUGUAAAAAAGAAAGAAGGGGUUUCAAUACAAACCUUGAUAAUAAAUAGCAAAAUAAUUGAAGCUUCCAUGAGAAAGAAAACACUAUUUUGAUAAAUUGGAUCACUUAUGGGAACAUUUCUUAUAAACUGUUUUUAAUCAGUUGUUGGAUUUGGUGAAAUAAACUAAACAGGUUACAGAAUAUCUGUAUGUACUUGGAAAUACAGAAUAACUUUAUCACCCAAAUCAUUGGCAUUGACAUUAUUGGUAAUCAACUGGCUUUUUUUAAAAAAGGUAGCAUUUUGUUGACAGUUAUUUUGUAAACAUAAGCAAAUAAGGGCUUGGAGGGAAAUACAUUUUAGGAGGAGUUUUGCCUUAAUUUUUUAAGUACUGCACCAAAACCAAAGACCUGACCUGACUUCUGUGGAACAGUAGUAACUGCAAGUGAUGAACUGCAUUUCGUAUUGUUCUGUAUAUUUCAAAAUGGUAUUUUGAUGCCAUCAAAUGCCCAGGAAAUUGACUUUGCAGUGUCACCACUGGUGUAAGCUACUAUAUAUAUAUAUAUAUAUGUAGUAAACCACUUUUUGUAAAAGAAGAAAGAGCAAAAAGCUGUGCGUUUUAGAAAAAAAAAGCCAUGUUACGCAACAGGCAUUCUGUCAUGUUGAACAAUUUUAAAUAAAGAGAAUAUCUGGCGUUAGGAGCUUGUUUUGCUGAAGAUUUCUCCAUUCCUGGUGCUGAGAAUAAAGGCAACCAGUAGCCAAUGUCCUUUAGAUUGUCUGAUUUCUUUUUGUUGUGGAGCACACCUGCUAACUGCUCCCUCGACAUAACUAUGAAAUCAUAGCUCUGUUUUCACCAAAGAACAGACCAAUUAAAAUACUUAUUUGCAGAAGUGGUGUAGUUCUACAAAACGGCAAAUGAAGUUCAACUUAAUAUUCUUUAUAAUGUAUUUUUUUUUACGAUUAGCCUUUUUUUUAGUUAAUUUUUGUCAAAUGAAACGACUUCAGGCAAGUCUCUUUUAUAAUGGUUUUUCAAGUGCCAUUUAUUCUAGUUUAUCAUGUUUUGCAUGUUUGAAAGUAUGAAUGUACUCUUUCCUAAAACAUGGCAAAUGAAUAGAUGUAGAGAAUAACAAUAUUACUUACAAGAUGAAAUGAUUAGAUUAGAAGUGUCCCUUUAUUAAACUUUGUCAGCCUGACUGGGUACAAUUCUUUUGUUAAUUUGCAGUGUGGUUUGUAUACAUGUAUACGUAUUGUCAAUAAUAAGAUUUUGCAACUGGAUGACACAAGAUUUUACUUGAACAGUGAAGGACAAAAAUCAUGAUUGUGGAAAAUAUUUUUAAAAUCUGAUUUUGCAGCGAUCACUUUUAAACCCUGUAGUGAUGUAAGACUAAAAUAUAAUUGCUAAGAUUUUGUUGGUUAAUGUAAAGAUAUGACUUUUCUGCACUGUACUCUCUUCAUAGGAUUGUAAAGGUGUUCUAAUCCAAUUGCAUGAUGUAGUAAGCCUCUUAAAUAUGUGUGUUAAAUAUAUUGAGUUUGGAUUAAAAUGUUGACCUGAUUUCACAUUUGAAAAUAAACUCAUCUCUCAUUUUGAAGUUACCUAUCUGUAGUAUGAUGGAGGAUGAAUUAAUCGCAAAUGACAGUUGUAGAAACUACAUAAAGUUUGUUGUGUGCUAACAUUAUGAUUUGUAGUGUAUAAACUGAAGUAUUCCAAUAGAAGUAUCUCUAGUUACAUCCUAUUGCUUACAAAAUGAAAUGAACCC